CUCGCCUUUGCUCUCCGCAGCCAUGAACGGCGGCGUGUGCCUGUGCGUGCUGCUGGCGGUCCUGGCGGCCGGCGCCCUGGCGCAGCCGGUCCCUGCGGCGGACCCGGUGGGCCCAGGGGCGCAGCAGGAGGAGGAGGCGCCCCGGAGGCAGCUGAGGGCAGUGCAGAAGGUGGACGACGAGCCCCGAGCGCACCUGGGCGCGCUGCUGGCCAGGUACAUCCAGCAGGCCCGGAAAGCUCCUUCUGGCCGAAUGUCUGUCAUUAAGAACCUGCAGAGCCUGGACCCCAGUCACAGGAUAAGCGACCGGGACUACAUGGGCUGGAUGGAUUUUGGCCGGCGCAGUGCUGAGGAGUAUGAGUACCCCUCCUAAGGGACCCCCACCUUUGUCAGCAUGCCAGGAAGCGACCUCCUGGCUCAGAUGAGGCAGACUAAGAAAGCAAUCACACUCAUAACUCAUUGUCUCUGAAGUUUGACAUUUUAAGUAUCUAUUUAUUAAGUUUCCAGUGAGAAAAAUAUGUCUGUAAGAUUGUCCAGGGCAACCUCAUGCCUCAGCAGACUUGUACGAAUGGAAGACAGAACAUUUUCCUCGUCCGUGACGCCUGGUCCUAAAGUGUUGCUAUGCUAUUAAAAUGAUUUCAUUCUGCCUCCU